AGAGUGCUUACCCUCUGGACAUAGGAUCCUGCAGAACCCCUACAGAAGUUUGGACUUUGACUCCAGCCAGCUUCAGAAGUCCGCCAUCCAUGAACUGAUAUGUGACCACUCCCUGUCUGCCGGAUGGUACCGAUUUAUGAUCUUUGAUAAGCCAGCUGAGAUGCCAACCAAGUGCGUGGAGAUGAAUCACUGUGGCACCCAGGCCCCUGUGUGGUUGUCACUACGGGAGUCAGAGUCCCUUCCUCCACCUGGGGAUAUGCGCCAGCUGACAGCCUGUGCCACCUGGCAGUUCUUCUUUAGCAGCACCAAGGACUGUUGUUUGUUCCGCAUCCCGGUGACUGUCAGGAACUGCGGCGACUUCUAUGUAUACCUGUUGCAGCCAACUCAGGGAUGUAUGGGCUACUGUGCUGAAGGGGUUUCAGAGUCUCAGUCACAAUGUGAAGAUGGUGAAAUAGAAGUCAAUGGUGUCUGCACAAGUAGAUCAAGUUCACAUGGUUUACUCCCUGAGUCACCGAGUCCCCCGGAAAUUGUGGUGGAGAUGGUAGGCUCCCGCUUAUAUCUGAAAUGCUUCUUUGAUUUCCCCCUACAAACCAGCUCCCUGGGCUUCAUCAUUCGAUGGUCCAGACUGUCCGCUCACGGGGUGAAGGAAGAGCUGAGGCAGGAGGCCAUCGUUCAGUCAUUCUCUACUAUUGAACUAGAUGGCAUCAAUGUCAGACUUGGUGAUCGGAUAUACUGCAGUGUUUCCAGCUUCUACUUAGAGCAACCAGAUGUUCACGGCCUUCUUCUGGAGAGCGAGGAAUUCUUCGCCGGUAUUAAGUUGCAGCCUGAAGCUCUGAGCAUUGCGGAAGACGGACAGGAAUACAGAAUGACGGUGCAGAGUACAGUUCCCAUUGGCUGCCCAGAGAUGAGCCAGUUACACAACGACUGUAGGGUGACCCUGAAACUGCGCACAGCCAGCCAAGCUGAAGAAAAACAUGACUCAGAUCUGGCCCUUUCCUCCUGCGAAGUGGACCUCCUGCCAUCGCCCUGCCAGAACGGAACGUGCGGUCACGCUGUCCUCUCGUACACGGCCGUCAUAGACUUUGCAUCGGACGGGAACAAAGUGACCAGCAUUGUAGCAGAUCCUAUAGACAGCGCCAACUUUCUGUGGAGCGGCUACGUCCCGGAUGUGAUACAGAUUACAGUGAAGGACGUUCCGGGGGCUUACUGCUACUCCUUCACCGAUCCCCAUAUUGUUACCUUCGAUGGCAGGUACUAUGACAACUUCAACACUGGAACCUUUGUCCUGCAUAAGAGCACCUCCCGUGACUUCGAAGUUCACGUGCGGCAGUGGGACUGCGGGAGUGUUGACCACCCAGCGUCCUGUAAUUGCGGCUUUGUAGCCAGGGAAGGGGGUGACACCAUCACCUUUGAUAUGUGCAGCGGACAGCUACACGAGUCCCAGCCGCACCUCUCCGUGAAGAGUCAGGAUUCUACAGAGCCGGGUUUUCGGAUUACAGAGUCUUACCUUGGAAGAAAGAUCACGAUCUCCUUCUCCUCGGGAGCGUUUGUCCGAGCCGAUGUUAGUGAAUGGGGGAUGAGUUUAACGCUCAGAGCUCCGAGCUCGGACUUUAAGAAGACGCUGGGACUUUGCGGGACGUUCGAUGGAAACCCCAAUAAUGAUUUCCAUGACACCAAAGGAGACCAGCUGGAGGAGACAUCACGCAGCCACUUGUACUUCAUCAACCAUUGGAAAAUUGCCGCUGGAGAAAGUUUCUUUGACAAAAUACCAGAGUUUACACCACCAAUCGCCAAAAAAAUGAACUAUUGCAGCUGCAUGGCAAAUACUAACCUGCUGCAUUCAUCUAUGAACAUGCUUUUCAGCAAUUCGCAAGAUGCUUCUCUCUGCAGUGGCAUGGAGAAUGUAAGGUUUCCCUCCAUAAUACCUGCACUUGAUGUUACCAAUGAGUACACCUACACUGAUCCAGAACGAGAGCUAAGCAAGCGUUCAUUGCCCGAUGUUUCAAUACAACAUGACACAUCACCUAGUGAGGAGGACCUUCAUAAUGAUCCUAACCAUCCAAAAGAACUCAAGAAUGAAUUGAAAAGAAAUGUAAUUUCCAGAAGAUCAUCUCAAUCCCAUGGAAGCAACAAGAACCAAGAAAACCGAUGGGAUCAUAAAGGACAUGUUAGGAAUCGGUCUAAACGUCAGAAUUACUAUGAGUAUCUGCAAACAUUUCCAUAUCAAAGCCUCAGCCAAACUGACUUGGAAGGAUUCAGCUACUUCUUCCCUGAAGAUCACACCAGUGACUCACAUCGUGAAUUUCGUCCUUCUUGGCCAACUCCGUCAGGACUGACUCAUGCAUACGCUUCGGCGGUUUGCCAAGAGGCAGUCUUUAAUGCGAGCAUUGGGAGACUUUGUGUUGGGUUUUUAGAGAAGAGACUCAUGAAUGUGGUAGAUAUGUGCAUCAUGGAUAUUAUGCUGAAGGACGACCUUGGCUGGGUGGAAGCAGGGGAGGCCCUACUUGAGAACGAGUGUGAAAGGAAACUUUUGGAACUCGGACAUGAUAAAGCAAAACACUCUCGGAUACCCAUUGACCCCAUCAUUCUAGCCCUGAAAUGUCCCAACAUGUGCAGUGGCAAUGGACAGUGUAUGGAAUGGGGCUGUGCGUGCUUCAAUGGUUAUAGUUCAUAUGACUGUAGUGUUUUGUCUGACCAAAGUCCUGAAAUUUCUGAGCUUGAGAACUCCGGGCUCUGUGAUGUUCGGAGAUAUGACUGCACUUCUGUACGAGUCUUUGGGACGGGAUUCAAAGAAUCGGUCAGCCUUAAAUGUGAAUUUACUAAGCAACAGUAUAGUGGUGGCAAAUGGAUCCCUCUUGAGCCAGUGCUCAUGGACGCUACUUUCAGGAAUUCCAGAGCUAUUGACUGCCAGAUUCCUGUAGAUGCCGGCCAAGCUCAUGGAAUGGAACCAGUGGAUGACAAACCAAUUGCAAGGUGGAGAGUAAAGGUCUCCAACGAUGGCGAGGUCUUCAGUAACUUUAAAUCAAUGACUUUGUAUGACGGAGCUUGUCAGACCUGCGAUCCUGUGUCUGAUGGACUGUGUAAGCUAAAGGAGAAGACCUGUAAUAUAGAUGGACUUUGUUACGCUGAAGAUGACACCAACCCCACCAGUCCUUGUCUACUCUGCAAGCCCGGGGUCUCCAAGUUAACGUGGUCAGUCACUGAAAACAAUCGGCCUCCAAUGCUCCAUUCACUAUCGGGAAAACUACAGACAUUUUACAGUGAAAACUUUGUAUACCAGUUCAUGGGGUCAGACCCAGAGGGUUCCGCCAUUUUGUUCAUGCUGGACUCUGGACCGGAGGGAGCCGUUCUGUCUCCGGCAGGACUGUUGGUCUGGAAGGUCUUGUCACAGACUGCAGAGAAGAUUGUGUUCUCCAUCUCUGAUGACUGCAAUGCAAAGACCACUGAGACGGUGGAGGUUCUGGUGAAAGCCUGUGGCUGCAAAAAUGGUGGAUCAUGUGUGGCAAAUAUUAACUUCCCACCAGGAAAAGGGGAAUAUCUAUGCAUCUGCACACCAGGAUUUGAGGGAGAGGAUUGUGAAACGGACACUGAUGACUGUCAGUCUAAUCCAUGCAGAGCAGGAAAAUGCGUAGAUGAGGUCAACGGCUAUCACUGCGAAUGUCCUCCAGGUCUGAAAGGAAAAACUUGUGAGGAAGAUGUUGAUGAGUGUCUAUCUGUUCCUUGCUAUAACAGCGUCCCCUGUACAAACACCCUGGGUUCCUACAAGUGUGGUCCUUGCCCACAGACCUAUGAAGGAGAUGGAAAGAUAUGUGUACAGAUAUUAACAACUCCCCAACCGCCAACCACUGAUCCACCGGCCCUAUUCACAGAAGGCUAUUACAGAAGCAAUGUCAGUAGAACAAACGGAAGACAACAAGGUGACCCAACAAAAUCCAUCAGUGAGCCUUUAUUGCCCCCUGGUAAUCCCAGCCCAGCAGGACCAAGCAGAAGUUCUGAAUCUGCUAUAGUGCAGACCACUCGGGAUGUUCCAUCACUUUUGACCAUCGGUGAUACAAGAAGAUCCACAAUCUCCAAGAUGCUGAAUGGUCGAAGAACGCCUUCUUACCUAUCUCGGAACGGCUUGUUUACCAGUCACAUAGGCAAGACCAGUUACAAAGGAACUUACGGCAAUGGUCUUCCAACUAUACAAACCGUUACCAACACCUCCAGAUACCAGCUAAAUGGGCAAGAGAGGACCCCAAAGGAGUACACAGUCAUAAAGACUGCUGAAGGCUUGUCAUCCAACACUGUUAGUGAUACAAAACCUGGGCAUAGCUUCCAGAUUCCAGACAUUUCUCCACCUCUGUGGAACUUGACUGAAGGGAAGGGAGAAUUAAAGAGUCCGGGGACAGCAGCUCCAGAGAUACUAACCUGCGCAGAUUCUCCUUGUUUCCGGAAGGUUGCCUGUGAACCAAACAAGGAUGGAGGCUAUAAAUGUGGAAGGUGUCCGUAUGGCUAUUUUGGUGAUGGAGUCAACUGCAAAGCAAUUUGCCGGCAUCCGUGCGGAAGAAAUAUGGAAUGCUCAGCACCAAAUGUUUGCAAAUGUAAGCCGGGCUUCUCCGGAUACAACUGUCAGACGGCUGUGUGCCGCCCGGACUGCAAGAACCGUGGGAAGUGUGCGAGACCCAACGUGUGCGAGUGUGCGCCGGGAUACGGGGGAACCACGUGCCAAGAAGCCUACUGUGACCCACCCUGUGAACACGGAGGGAUCUGCCAGGCUAGGAAUGUUUGUUCCUGUCCGUUUGGUUAUCUUGGACCUCGCUGUGAAACAAUGGUGUGUAACCGGCACUGCGAGAAUGGAGGUGAAUGUGUGGCCCCCGAUGUGUGCAAAUGCAAACCUGGCUGGAGUGGACCUACCUGCAGCACAGUGGUGUGCCACCCCGUGUGCCUCAAUGGUGGCACUUGUCUGAAGUCCAAUGUGUGUCUCUGCCCCAAUGGCUUCUAUGGAGCUCAGUGCCAGAAUGCGGUGUGCAGCCCCCCCUGUAAGAAUGGCGGUCAGUGUAUGAGGAAUAAUAUGUGCAGCUGUCCAGACGGAUACAUCGGUAAAAGAUGUCAGACAAGUGUUUGUGACCCAACAUGUAUGAACGGAGGAAAGUGUGUCGGUCCCCAUAUUUGCUCCUGUCCAUCAGGCUGGAAAGGAAAGCGAUGCAAUACACCAAUAUGUCACCAGAAAUGUAAGAAUGGCGGUGAGUGUAUCGGCCCCAACACAUGCCAGUGCCCCCCGGAAUGGGAAGGGGCUCAGUGCCAGAGCCCCGUGUGUAAUUACAAGUGUUUAUAUGGCGGUCGAUGUAUCUCACCCAACGUAUGUUCCUGUCGCCCUGGAUACACUGGAGUCAUGUGUAGUCAGAGAAUACAGGGAGCGCGCGGGUGAAGGAAGACUGCUACAGAAAACACUGAGUGAACUAAAUAUCCAGCAGGACUUGACUCUGUACUCAACACACAAUAUUUAAUAUUCCAAUGACGAAUAUUAGCGGCAUUCUAAGACCAGAGGACGUGACUCAGAGGACACAGAGGUAGAGCUGGCUUAUACCUGGAUCAUCAUACAAGAAGAGAAUCACACCUGAUCAGCAAGAUCCCAGAUCUCUUUUUAUACUGGAUUUUUCCCCCCCCACAAAUGUAGCAACUGAACAGCCGUAAUCCAACUAGGACCCGCUACUUCCGUAACUGUUAUUUAUGUAUAUUCUCAAAUAUGGAAACUUUAUUUGUUAUCUUUAGAUUUGGGUUUUUGGAUGUAAUUUAAAAAUUUACUAUAACAAGA